AUGCCUUCUCUCAAACAACUGCUUUGCGUUGCACCGGCUCUGUUGGCGGUAGCAUAUAGCCAAGGAGUUAUCCUCAGUGCCCAAGGAACAAAGGGAUCUGUUGCCAGUCUGCCUCUUCAAGUUUCACUGACACAGUCGGAUGCCAACAUCAUCAAUUCACAAGAGAUUGCGGAGAACGCGGUGAAUGAGUGUGGAAGGACUUUACUUGCUGGCAACAUCGACAUUGGGGAGAACACGGAAGAUCAGUUAUUAAACAAGACGGUCACUUCAGUCACCAAGGGCAGCACUGUAUCCGUUACAUUGAACCAAGUGAAUGCGGAUGGCGCUGGUCCUUAUACUUGCGAUCUCGACCCAACUGGCAAUGCGGAUGGUACCUCUGGUCAACUAAACCUCACCAUGACAGAGAAAGAUGCAGGGGAUGGUACUACGACGCUUACUCUUACUAUGCCUAGCGAUCUGGCAUGCAUUGGAUCUUCUGCUGGAAAUGUUUGCACCGUCCGCUGUUUCAACACUGCAGCUGCCGGUCCUUUCGGUGGAUGCUUUGCUGUACAACAGACCGAUACAACUGCCAGCGUCAACCAGGCAGCAACCAUCACCACCGCCCAGACACUCGAGGGCAUUCAAGCUCAGAUUGAGGUCAACCAAAAAGACUUGGGGGCUGCCAUCAAGGCCAACGCAGAAGCUGCAACCACCAGCGAGCAAGGAGUCGAUGCCGUCAACGAAAUUCUUAGCAUCGACAGCACUGCUUCCGCGACAGCUGGAGCCGCGGAGGCAACAAGCGCCGCCAACGCAAAGGCUGCUGGCUCCACAACUUCUGCUACCAGUGCAAAGGCAAGCAAAGCUGCUGCUGCUGCCGCCGCCAAGGCAAAGGGUGCCAAGGAUGGCAACGGGAAGAAUGGACGUCGUGGAGCUAGAGUAUUCAUUUCUUGA